AGUCGGGGGGCGUCGCGAUGCUGCUGCGCCUGCUGCUGGCCUGGGCGGCCGCUGUGCCCGCACUGGGCCAGGCCCCCUGGACCGCCGAGCCCCGAGCCGUCUGCGGCCCGGGCAGUUGCUAUGCGCUCUUCCCCCGGCGCCGCACCUUCCUGGAAGCUUGGCGGGCGUGCCGGGAGUUGGGGGGUAACCUGGCCACGCCGCGGACCCCGGAGGAGGCCAGGCGUGUGGACAGCCUGGUGGGCGUCGGACCGGCCAGCGGGCUGCUGUGGAUUGGGCUGCAGCGGCAGGCUCGACAGUGCCAGCCUCAGCGCCCACUGCGGGGCUUCCUAUGGACCACGGGAGACCAGGACACCGCCUUCACCAACUGGGCCCAGCCGGCUACGGAAGGACCCUGUCCGGCCCAGCGCUGUGCCGCCCUUGAGGCCAGUGGAGAGCAUCGCUGGCUCGAAGGCUCGUGUACCCUGGCUGUCGAUGGCUACCUCUGCCAGUUUGGUUUCGAAGGUGCCUGCCCUGCCUUGCCGGUUGAGGUGGGCCAAGCCGGCCCAGCUGUCUACACCACACCCUUCCACCUGGUUUCCAGCGAGUUCGAGUGGCUACCCUUUGGCUCCGUGGCAGCCGUGCAGUGCCAGGCUGGCAGGGGAGCCUCUCUGCUGUGCGUGAAACAACCUUCAGGUGACGUUGGCUGGUCCCAGGCUGGCCCGCUGUGCCCAGGGACUGGCUGCGGUCCUGACAAUGGGGGCUGCGAACACGAGUGUGUGGAAGAGAUGGAUGGCGGUGUGUCCUGCCGCUGCAGCGAAGGCUUCCGUCUGGCCGCAGAUGGGCACAGUUGUGAAGACCCCUGUGCCCAGGCCCCCUGUGAACAUCAGUGUGAGCCUGGUGGGCCACAAGGCUACAGCUGCCACUGUCGCCUGGGCUUCCGGCCAGCUGAGGACGAGCCACACCGCUGCGUGGACACGGAUGAGUGCCAGAUUGCUGGAGUAUGCCAGCAGAUGUGUGUCAACUAUGUUGGUGGCUUUGAAUGCUAUUGCAAUGAAGGUCAUGAGCUUGAGGCAGAUGGCAUCAGUUGUAGCCCUGCAGGAGCCAUGGGUGCCCAGGCUUCCCAGGACCUUAGAGAUGAGCUGCUGGAUGAUGAGGAAGAAGGCGAGGAUGAAGAGGAGGCCUGGGAGGUCUUUGAUGGCACCUGGACAGAGGAGCAGAGGGUCCUGUGGAUGGCACCUACACAACCACCUGACUUUGGCCUGGGCUACAGGCCUAAUUUCCCACAGGAUGGAGAGCCUCAGAGAUUACACCUGGAGCCUACCUGGCCACCCCCACUCAGUGCCCCCAGGGGCCCCUACCACUCCUCAGUGGUCUCUGCCACCCGGCCCAUGGUGAUCUCUGCCAUGAAACCCACACUACCUUCUGCCCACAAGACCUCUGUUAUUUCGGCCACACAUCCCCCCCUGAGGCCUGUCCAGCCGCCUGCCGUGGCCCCUGCCACGCCUCCAACUGUGAUCCCUGAUCACCAAAUCCCCAAAAUCAAGGCCAAUUAUCCAGACCUGCCUUUUGGCUACAAGCCUGGGAUUAUCUGCACUCACCCAGCACGGCCUCCUGCUUACCAGCCCCCCAUUAUCUCAACCAAGUAUCCCCAAAUAUUCCCUCCCUACCAGUCCCCUAUGUCUCCAGACACCCACUCUGUCACUUAUUUGCCUCCAAUUCCACCUAACCUUGACCCUGGGGAUACCACUUCCAAAGCCCAUCACCAACCGUUGGCCCCAGAUGUUCCAGGCAUCGGAACCCAGGCUCCCCAGCUUUCUGUCCCAGCUGCCCAGCCCUCUCUACCCAGCCACUCGGGGUCCUCUGCCCACGAAGCCCCGGUGCCUGCCGCCACCCAUCCUCCAGCCCUCCCUUCUCUCCUCCCCUCUCGGAGCCCCAUUAACCAGACCUCAACUAUCAGCCCUUCACGCCCUUAUUCCAGAGCCCCUCUAGUCCCAAGGGAAGGAGUUCCCGGUCCCAAAUUGGUGCCAUGGCUGCCCUCAGUGCCCCCUACAGCAGCACCAACAGCCUUGGCAGAGGCCGGUCUUGCAGGCCAAAGCCAGAGAGAUGACCGGUGGCUGCUGGUGGCACUCCUGGUACCAACAUGUGUCUUCUUGGUGGUCCUGCUUGCACUGGGCAUCGUGUACUGCACCCGCUGUGGUCCCCAUGCUCCCAACAAGCGCAUCACUGACUGCUAUCGCUGGGUCACACAAGCUGGGAACAAGAGCCCAACAGAACCCAUGCCCCCCAGAGGCAGCCUCACAGGGGUACAGACCUGCAGAACCAGUGUGUGAUGGGGUCCACAUACCCCUUGUGGGGUAGGAAGGACGGGACUCGCUUUGGACACAUGGAUGAGACCGCACCAGGGACUUAUGGGGGCUACCCAGCUGGACAGAAGGGGUUCUGCUCCUUGGGCUCAGCAUUCAUGGCAAAGGACACACCAAGGCCUCCUCCAGGACCUCAAGGGGUGGGUGCUGGGAUCAUCUCCAAUAAAUGGGGUGCCAACCUCACCCAAAACUCCUGACCCCCUCUGAUGCCUGAGGGAAGGGUCUGGGAGGACUGGUGGGAGGGGAAAUGGAGCUCCCUCCCAUUUAUCUAGGUAAGGUAAGAAUGCUUUAAGAGGAGGUGUGCUUCAGAAUUUCCAGUGGAACAAGCUGAGAGGGCUGACUCGUCCACUGUUACACAGCAAGCCCAGAAUUCUGGGGACUUGGCAGGGAAGGAAGUCCACAUUUGUUCCUCUUUUUAUUAAAAUGCAAAGAAAAUCA